AUGCAAUUCCUGCAGAACGAGUGUCAGGUGUUGGAGCGAUUCCAGAACCGUCAGCACCAAGCAUCUACAACGAAGGAAGGAAGCUUCAGGCCAUCUAACACGAAGUCUACAAGCCAGAAAGUGCACGCUGCAACCCCGACGAGCAAGCCGCAGCGUUGUCUUCUGUGUAACGAGGAUCAUCGCCACUUCGAGUGCCCUAUGUUCAACAAGUGGACAACAACGCAACGUACAGAGAAGGUGAAGGAGUUGAACCUAUGCUUCAACUGCCUAAGUCCAGGACAUCGAUCCGCCAAGUGCCCAUCCAGGAAGACUUGUGCGGAGUGCCAGCGAAGGCACCACACGCUUCUGCAUGAGAUCCCGAGGCCAUCACCAGAGAAGCUUGCUCAACCGGUACAGCAGGCAAGCACAGCUCCAGUGAACCAACCGGCGUCGCCAUCGCAGUUACCUUCUCGAUCAUCGUCAAACACGGCUGUUCCGAACAACCAACCGUUGGAACAGAAGACGGUGAUGCUCAUGACAGCUCUGGUGAAUUUGCGAGACCUCUGCAACAGGAAGGUACCCUGUCGUGUGCUUCUGGAUUCUGGAUCGCAGAUGAGCUUCAUUUCACGGAGUAUGGCAGAUCGUCUGGCGGUACACCGGGCUCCAACGCUUGUACCAAUUACGGGAGUAGGUGCAGCCAGGACUUGCGCUCAUGAGAAGUUGACAGUGGCAGUCGAAUCCAGGUACACUGACUUCUCAACGAUGGUCGAAUGCUUGGUGAUUCCCAAGGUGACAGGGGCCAUCCCCACAACCCAACUGGAUAUCUCGAAGUGGCCGAUUCCGACAUCUGUGUUUCUGGCUGAUCCCGAGUUCAAUACGCCUGGCCAAAUCGAUAUGCUGCUUGGCGUAUCCCAUUUCCUCCGACUGCUCAAAUUGGGAAGAAUCCAGCUGCGAGACGACUUGCCCGAUCUCCAGGAGACGCAGUUUGGAUGGGUGGUCGCUGGUGACGUCGAGGAAGAGCAGAACGAUCAGCAGUGCUACGUAUCCACAGCCAGCACACUCUCCGAGACCAUGAAAAGGUUUUGGGAAGUCGAAGAAGUCAACGAUGCUGAUCAACCUACGGACCAGAAGGAAUGCGAAAAGAAGUUUCAGGAUACCCACUAUCGAGACGUGGAUGGCAGAUAUGUUGUGUCGCUGCCUUUCCGAGAAUAUCCUCCACAGCUAAAGCACAGCCGAGAGUUAGUCCUGCGUCGCUUCUUUUCCCUGGAAAGGCGGAUGAAGAAGGAUCCUGCUCUCAAACUCCAGUACAGCAAGUUCAUCGACGACUACGAAGCCCUGGGACACUGCCGAGAGAUAAUCGAGGAUUGCAAUGCACCGAGUCAACCCCGGUACUACAUGCCCCAUCAUGCGGUACUUCGUCCAUCGAGCUCCAGUACAAAGCUUCGUGUGGUGUUCGAUUCAUCAGCCAAGGUUUCGCCAUCUGACUUUGCUCUCAAUCAAGCUCUUCUGGUGGGAGCAACAGUGCAGAACGACAUCUUCGUCAUCCUCGUUCGCUUCCGGAAGCACUUCGUCGUGUUCACGGCUGAUAUUUCGAAGAUGUAUCGACAGAUCAAGGUAGUUCCAGCCCAUUCGUGCUUCCAAAGUAUUUUUUGGCGAGAUGAUCCUGCGCAACCACUUCGGGUACUGGAGUUGACAACGGUGACGUAUGGAACAGCGUGCGCUCCAUUCCUCGCGACAAGGUGUUUGUUGCAGCUGAGUAUCGACGAGGCCGACUCCUUCCCCAUCGCUGCGAACAUCGUCCGAAAAGAUUGCUACGUCGACGGAGCUGAUACCGAAGCUGAAGCCAUCGAAUGCCAGACCCAGCUUAUUGGAAUGCUGAAAUCCUCGGGGUUCCCUGUCCAUAAGUGGAGCUCCAACUCUACGAAGCUGCUAGAACGCAUCCCCGAAUCAGAUCGUGUGGAAUUGGUAAAUCUCAGUGACGGCUGUGACGGAGUCAUGGAAACUCUGGGUAUACCUUGGAGUCGACUGAGGGAUGAGGUUGCAUUCGAUGCGAAUCAUCUUACCGACUAUUUGAAACCACCGACCAAGCGAUCUGUGCUACCCGAAAUCAGGAAGCUUUUCGACCUGAUUGACCUACUUUCCCCGGUUAUCAAUAUCGCCAAGCUGAAGAAACCGUUGGUAUCCCUACAGGCCUUCGUGCGGAACCGUAUUGAAAAAAUACAGCUGCUCAUGGGAUCGUCGAGUGUACAAUGGAGGUACAUUUCAAUGAAGGAACACCCGGCUGACGUCGUCUCGCGAGGACGGCUGCCAGAAGCAUUGCGUAUCAACAAUCUGUGGUGGACGGGACCCAAGUUUCUGCAGAGUGUAGAGUACGACAUCCCGGAGAUUAGAGCAACACCGAUCAUCGCAGCAUCGACCAUUAACCAAGAUGAGCUGCCUGUAUUUUCAAAGUACAGCACAUUUCGUAAACUACAGCAUGUGACUGCUCUAGUUCAGCGAUUUAUUCGGAACUGCCGAAUAAAGAACGCCUCAAAGCGCGUUACCAGUCAUCGUCCAACGAUUCCAGAGCUACGAGAGUCUCCGGACCUCAUCGUGAACGUUAUCCAGCAUGAGACGCUAGCGGAUGAAAUUCAUCGCAUGGAAGCCAACGAGCCGUGCAAGCGGAUCUAUGUGCUGCAUCCCAGCCAUCGCAAAGGAGUGAUGCGAGCUGUCGACGUGAUGAUUGGCGGAACAACAUACCGACGAGCGAUUUCCAAACUCUCCAUUCUGCCGAUCGAAGACAACUGCAAUCCACAUUGCAGUGCUUCAGAUGACUUCCAGCCCGGGGGUGCAUGUUCGCUACCGACAAGUACGCUCCGGUCGCAAAUGUGCCCCACUUUCCCCUAUCACGCGAGAGAAGAUGAAAAACGUCAAACGUGGGAGCACCAUCAGCAGCAGCAAGUUACUCACCUGCCGCCGGCACCACCAUCAUCGCCACUCAUCAAUGUAAACACGCGCUCGUGA